AAUAUGCGACAGUAUUUUCAUCUGGUAUCAUUCGGAACGAAAAAAGAUCCAAUGGGAGCUACCUCUAAUUACUUCAAUCGAAAACAAGGAUUUAGUCUUCCAAGGCAGUAAUGAGUUUUACGUUGAUUGCCAUAUUCAAGAGAAAAUCUCAGUAAUGCGGAGACACAGUUAUUGCUGAGAGUACGGUUGAAUAUGGAGGACGAGAAGGAAAAAAAUGUAUUAUGGAAGAAAGUUGUGACCGAAGUUAAAAAUGUAAAUCCACAUAUAAGACUGGACAGCACCACAGCGCAGAGAAAAUUCUUAAAUCUUAAAUUGAAGUGUUUUUUGUCUAUUUUUAUUAGUCCUAGUGUAUCAUAGAACAUAAAAACAUAUUAAAAAAAAUUACAUUUCUACAGGUUAGGUAGAAAAGGCCGUAUCGUAUGUGAUACAGUAAGCUCAUAUAUAUGCAAUAAUACAACAAAAAACCAAGUUUUUAUCAAGGGUACUUCAAAAUAAUUUAUUAAUUCUGGUGUAUCGUAUAUGAGACGGUAGGUCUAAAUGGGUUAAGAAAAGAAAUAAUUCUUCCGGUAGAGAAGCUACAUACUGGAGGUAUGGUACAAGGCACUCAAUUACUCCUCCAAUCGCAAAUUUGCAAGCCUCUUUGGAUUUGGUACUGUCAACGUCGCCCACACGACUUUAUUGUUUUAAUAAAUGAUUUCUUCAAUACCCUUCUUUUUCUUAAAUUUAAAGAAAAUCUAUCAUUUCUUUGCUCACAAAUUUCGUCUGGUGUUAGAUUCAGCAAAAUUUCCAUUUUAGUAUUAUACGCGUUCAAAAAUGCAAACAAAUGUAUCUGCAAAUUGUCAAAAAUUGUAUAAGAAGUAUCAAACAUCAAACUUGCAGUGUUGCUACUGUUGCUUAUGCUGCAAGUCAUGAUGCAUUUACGAACAUAGCCAUAUAUUUCAUUCUGCUGUCCUCUAUUUCUAUCUUAUUUUCAUUACGCAUAUACCAUGGCGAGCAAAUGAUCGUUUUAAGCAUGUUUGGAACCUUAGUAUUAUAUCAAUAUUAGUUGCACAGGUCGUACCCCACAGUUGAAUGCAAUACAUCCAAGUAGUGGGUAAAUUUUAGAAUAGCAUCCUCUGAUUUCGGGGUUAAAAUGGGUAUGUACGGAUAGAGGAUGUCCUCCAGAUCGAGAAUAUACAGUGGCUCACAGCUUAUUUGACCCACACUAUAUUUUCAAAAAUAAAUGAGUAUAACUUUUUAACUAAAAAAUAGCAAAAAAAACGCAGGUUUUUUAGUGGAUAUUGAAAGAGUAAUAAAGCGCUUAAGUUUUAUUAAAUUAACAAAAGGUUUCAUAUUUAUUCAACUUAAAAGAAAAAUACUGAUAUUUUCAAUGUCACAGCUUAUUUGACCCACUGCAUUUAACGAUCAGCUUCUCUUCCAAGAAGCUUAGCCUAACGGUGCUUUUUUUGUUCACACUUUGCUUAUUAUAUUCGCAAAUCGAAUUUUCACUUGGAUUUUGUCAAGAAAGCACGUGUUACAACCAUGGGAAGAUGCGCAACGAUCGAACAACGAGAAUUAGUCCUUAAACACCAUAAAAACGGAGUUUCUCGAUGAGAAAUUGCAAAAAUUGUGCAUAUACCAGAUGGUACCGUGAAAGCCAUCAUGCACAGAUUCGUUCUCGAAAACCGCAUAGAAAACAAAGGAAGAAAAGCGCUAAGCAAAAUUUUUAGUAAAACUGAUGAACGCUAUAUUGCGCAAAAAAUUAAAAAAUACCCAAGGAUUUCAGCCCCAAAACUAGCUAGGGAGAUGCAGGACAUGACCGGCAAAACAUUUUAUACGGAAACCGUCCGAUGUGUUUUAACCCAUUUACAACCAUUGUACUCGCUUGUGUACAGAAAAUCAGUCAAGUUUAGGCAUGUGGCGUAACUCAAUGCUAAGUAUUUGCACACAAAUUUUUGAUCAUAUGCGUAGUUUUAUUCCUAGAAACAACAAAAAAAAUACAUUCGCUUCACGCGAAUUCAUAACGGCACGUUUCGUGGCGUCAACUUCUGUGCGGUUUUUUCAUAUUGUGUGAUUUUGUGUAUUUAGUCAUUAUUUUGCUGUUGAUGAGCUAUUAUCUCUCAGUUGUUAGUUUUAAAAUUGUGUGUUGUGUGAGAUAAGACUAAAGAGAUCAAUUUUAUAAAAAAAAAACAUUUGAAAAACCUAUUCUUAUUUGAGGUAUGUGCAUUUCAAAAGUUGUGUACCCGCUUAGGUACAAUGGCAAAAUGUGCAGGUGAAAUAAAAAAUUGUAUCUUUUGGUUAGGAUGGCUAUUUCCACUUCGUGUUUUUAUGGAAAGAGAUAUGUAUGAACAACUUUCACAGGCUUUAGCUGACAUCGCGAAUGAUGAUGAGGCAGAGCAGACGUCGAUAUCGUUAUGAUUCCUCCUGAUGUCGAUGUCAAUAAUGUCGUAACUAUGGGAACUAAUUUUGAUACGGUUGAACCGUUGAAAUACGUAAAGCGUUGGUCAAAACUGGAACAAAAAAAGAUAAGUAUACCUCAGCCAAAUUUACUUUCAAAUUACAACUACGGUAUGGGCGGUGUUGAUCUACAUGAUCAGGCCGUAAAUGUAUACAAAAUUGGGAUUCGAGGCAAAAAAUGGUGGUGGCCGCUUUUUACUUCGAUGAUAUGCUCCACAAUGGUAAACGCUUGGAAGCUGUACAAAGACGUGAAUAAUAGUACCAAAGAUUUGCUUGAGAUUCAACGUGACAUUACGCGAUACUACCUACGACACUACACAUUGAAAAGAUAUUCUAAGCGCGCGUUAGCUCCAAGUGUUUCUACAGCUGGAGGACCACAUUUUCCAAAGAGAAUCCUCAAGCCUCUUAUGUGUAGAGUCUACCAUAAACGAAACCGGUGGAUUUGCGAGCUAUGUGGUACUGCUUUGUGCGUGGAACGCGACUGUUUUAAAAUAGCCCACUCAUAAAUAUUUUAUACACUUUUGACCAUUGUACUCGUGUGGGUACAGCAAAAUUUUCGUAUAUGUAAUAAAAAAAAAAAAAAAAAAAAAAAAUUUUGUUCAUCUCUGCGAUGGUAUAAAUCAAUAAAAAACUGAAAAUUUUAAAUAAAUUUAGUUUUUGACUCCUUGGUUGUAAAUGGGUUAAGAGAAUAUGAUUUUCACGGCCGAGUUGCUCGCAAGAAGCCAUUUAUUAAUAAAAAAAAUAGAGACAACCGCUUGAAGUUCGCAAAGGAUCCAAGAUUCUGGAAUGAUGUCAUUUUUGCUGACGAGUCCAAAUUUAAUAGGUAUUUUUGGAUCCGAUGGAGCCGACUCUAAAGCAAGGCGGUGGGCAUGUAAUGGUGUAAGCUUGUAUGUACACAUAUGGACAAAAUAAUAGGUGUGCCUAUGCGUGAUGCCAUUUUUUUGUCAAAAAGUGUUGUAACUGUUAUUUAUUAUUAAUACCGCUAUGUUUUUAUGAUGAACGCGUUUUAGUAGCAUGGUGGUGUCAACAGUUUGCAUUACUCAUUCGGUGAUUUUGCUUUUUAGUGACGAGUGAUCAUUGUUCAUUAGUUGUAGUUCAUAUUUUUCGUAAAGAAGUUGUUAAUUCGUACUAUUUACCAUACCAAAGUAAGUAUUUGAGUAUUUCCAAAUUUAUAUUAGUUUAAAUAUCACAAACUGACAAACAAAAAAUUUUCAGAAUGGGUCGCAAGAGACACUGCACCGAAAUAGAACGCCAAUUGGUUAAAAAACUACGUGGUGAAGGGAAAACAUAUAAAUUCAUAGCCAAUACGUUAGAGCGAUCAGAAAAUUUUGUCACUAAUGCUCUAAAAGGAAAAAAAGGGAAGGAAACUCGUGGCCGUCCAAAAUUAACCUGCCCAAUUGAUGACCAUCGUAUAGUACUUAUGGCAAAAAAAGACCCUUUUAUCUCUUCGCGACAAAUUGAAGCGGAGGUGGGACUUAAUAUAAGCUCGCGGACAAUUCGGCGUCGUUUGGUGGAAGCUAAACUACCAGGGCGAACGGCCAGAAAAAUUCCUCUGCUACGAAAGAACAAUAUCCAGAAGAGGAAAACUUUCGCUACUGAACAUAAAGAUUGGUGUGGUCCCACUGGAGAAAAAAGGUGGCGAAAUAUUUUAUUUAGUGAUGAAGUGAAGAUAAAUCUUUGCGGAAAUGAUUCCAUGAGAAGCGUACGCCGUCCGAAAGGCAAGGAAUUCGAUUCCAGAUACACCAAAAAGACAGUUAAGCAUGGGGGCGGAAAUGUUAUGGUGUGGGGAUGUUUCUCCUGGCAAGGUGUUGGUCCAUUAUUUUGGAUAAAGGAUACAAUGACCGCUGUUGAGUACAGGGAAAUAUUACAAAAUAUUAUGCUACCAUAUGCGGAAGAAAAUAUGCCUCUGCGCUGGUGUUAUCAACAAGAUAACGAUCCGAAGCAUACCUCGAGGUUAGUAUCUGAGUGGCUCAUAAAUUCAAAUGUAACCUGUAUGAAAUGGCCAAGUCAAUCUCCUGACCUCAAUCCGAUUGAGAACUUGUGGAGUGACCUCAAAAGGAGAUUGGCAGGCUUUUCUUUUCGAAACAAGGAGCAAUUGUGGCAAAAAACUAAAGAAUUGUGGGAUGCAACUCCCUUGGAGACUUGUCAAAAGCUAGUACAGUCUAUGCCCAAGAGAAUAGCAAAACUUAUCCAAAACAAGGGAGGAUAUACUGGCUAUUAAAAACUUAUAGGCUAAGGAAAUAAUAUACUGAUUUUUUUUUUAUUUUGAAAAAACUUUUUUACACCUAUUAUUUUGUUCAGGGAAAUAUGUUUUUAUAAUUGAAUUUUUUGUUUUAAAGCUUACAGUAAGAAAAUUGCAAAGUAUUUCUGUUUAAUAAAGAGAAAUACUUUUAUUACUAAAGAAAAAUUUGUUUUAAUUGCAUAUGAUUUCACGAUAUUUUGGUAAAAUGUAAUACACCUAACUAUUAUUUCGUCCAUAUGUGUAUGUCGGCUGUAGGUGUUGGAAGGCUUCAGUUCACAGAGUCAGCAAUAGACAAAACGCUUUAUCUCAAUAUCCUGAAGGAUAAUUUGAUUCAAAGUGACGAGGAUCUAGGAGUAAAGGACGAUUUUCGAUUUUACCAAGACAACGAUCCCAAACAUACUAAUUUACAACUGCCCACAUGUGAUGAAACCACUGGUACAAUCACCCGACCUAAACGUGAUUGAAAACCUGUGGUCCAUUUUGGAUACCAAUAUGCGCAAACGACAGAUAUCCAAUAAAAACGAUCUAAAAGUUGCGUUGAUGGAGGAGUGGGCAAAAAUAUCUCCAGAAAAAACAAAAAAGUUGGUAGAUUCUAUGCCAAAGCGCCUAAAAUUGGUCAUUGACCAGAAGGGAGAACAUACACAAUAUUAAAAUUUUGUUAAUCUUUUGUUACUUUGUUAAUUUUUAUUUAAUUUAAGGAAUGGGUCAAAUAAGCUGUGACAUUGAAAAUAACAGUAUUUUUCAUUUAAGUUCAAUAAAUAUGAAACCUUUUGUUAAUUUAAUAAAACUUAAACGCUUUAUUAUUUUUUCAAUAUUUUAUUUUUUUGCUAUUUUUAUUAGUUAAAAAGUUAUACUCAUUUAGUUUUGCAAAUAUGGUGUGGGUCAAAUAAGCUGUGAGCCACUGUAUAUAAGUUAACACAAUAUUUUAUGAACUACUACAUAAAUUUCAUUCCCACAUUAUAUGCUAGAAACAUACAAACCGUUUGCAUACUUUGGAGUCCUAUUACAACCAAAAGUGCAACUGCGCUAAACGCGCAUCCGCUAAAUUCUUAAGUGAGCGAAACACGCGCAACCAUGUCUUCAUCCCCAAAACCAAAUAGCUGCAGGGGAGCGCUACACGCGCAAACCCUUUUAGCUGACCAAGCAUCUUUGGUCACGUAGGCCGGCUCAAGCAUAGGUUAGACUAUAAACUUUAAAGUUAAGUGUCCCGAGCAGGGACCGUGAAGAAAAAAAUAAUAAUAUUUUUUAUACUCGCGGACGAAACUUAAAUAACAUUUCGUACUCGGCCCCUUAGUACCUUUCGGAAAAAGGACGGGCAGUAUCAACCCAGCCGAACGAAAAGCAUAAGCCAAAUACAAAUACAUUGAACGGAAAGUGCGUGACGGGGAAAUUUAGAAUAAAUUAAACAAAUGUAAAAUAAUCCAACUAUAAGAGGAAAGAUUUAAAUUAAUUCAUCAAAUACAACCAAUACAACAAAUACAACUAAUAGAGGAAAGAUUUAAGUUAAUUCAUCAAAUACAACCAAUACAACAAAUACAACUACAAGAGGAAAUAUUUAAAUUAAUUCAUCAAAUACAACCAAUACAACAAAUACAACUACUAGAGGAAAGAUUUAAACUAAUUCAUCAAAUACAACAAAUACAACUACUAGAGGAAAGAUUUAAAUUAAUUCAUCAAAUAGAACCAAUACAACAAAUACCACUACAAGAGGAGAAAUCUAAAUUAACCACACAAAGGAGGAAACACUAUCAACACAGGAAAAUGCAAAUGAUAUUUAUGCAAGUUUGAUAUUAAAAUUAUUAGUAAGUAAGGUUAUGUGAAAGGAAAUAAUUAUUGUUAUAACAAAAGAAAAGUUAACACUGUAAAAAAAAAAUUUAUUUAAAUAAUCAUAAACAAGUGAACAAAAUGGCGCAAGAUAGAUAGCAGAGACCCUUUCGAGGUUAAAUUUGCAGGCAAAUCCUUACCCUCUGUUUUUACUGCUAGCCAGAGAAGAGAGCUUUCAAACUUAAUAACAGAAACAGUUACCGUCCUACUACACCCUAGAGUAGUAGAAAAAGAGGAGCAUAGAGUGGAAUUCAGUAGGCAUACCGAGUCAUUAGACCGAAUACCAGAUGUAGUGAAGUGUUUGAGGGAAUUUUCUGGAAGACCAGGAGAGUUUAGCUCGUGGAGGAAAUCCGGAGAUAGGAUACUGUUGAUGCAUGGUCAAAACAGGGAUUCGCCAAAGUAUUAUUCAAUUCUUCACACAAUCAGACAAAAAAUUACAGGCGAGGCCGACGCCGCACUCGAGUCAUAUCGGACUCCAUUGAAUUGGAGUAAGAUCAAGAAGUGCCUAAUGCUUCACUACUCGGAUAAAAGAGACGUCAGUACCUUAGAGUACCAAAUGACAACUCAUGUCCACCAGGGUAGAACAGUAGAGGAAUUUUACCACGAGGGCUACAGGUGUCUCUCUCUUAUACUAGAUAAGAUUGAUUGUCUGGAGCUAGGAGAGGAAGCCAUGACUGCUAUGGCUAAUACCUAUAGAGAAAAGGCACUAGACACCUUCGUUAGGGGUGUCAAUGGGCAACUGCCAAGUUUACUCAGUGUGAGGGAACCAACCAGCUUGCCACAAGCCCUUCACAUGUGCCUUAAAUUGGAUAAUAUGAACUAUCGGACAAGCCAUGCUAACAACAUUUCCCGUAUGAUAAGUAAUCAAAAACCGACAAACCACUCCCAACAACGAACAUAUCCCGCAAAGACGGAAGGACGAUCCCAGAGCUUGCCAAUUUUGGGCAAGGAUCUUUCCCUAGACCUCCACAAAGGUAUGGUCUAAACCUUCCCCUUUAAUAUGGACGGAAUGUCGUACUACAACCCGUUUCAAAUCCGACUCCACAAUAUCGACAAUACGGCACACCACAAGCAAAUCGAUACGUCACAUCGUACAAUACGCCUUACCGAAAUUCUCAACAGGGUUACAGACCACAACUACCACCCAAACCCCCAGUCCCAAUGGACGUUGACAAGUCCAUACAAACCAAACAGGUUAAUUAUCAGAAUAGGCCACAACCCCAAGGACUUCAUAAUCUGGGGCAACGAAAUUCAAACAAUGGACAAUCCCAACCAUUUCAUAAACGCCCACCCUCGCUGACUUUACAACAGCCCAAUAAAAUUCAACGACUCUAUAAUACAGAAGCUGUGGAUCCUACUGCAGCAUCCAACUCAAACGAGACUAUUGAAAAUGUUGAGGGAUAUUACUACGAAGACCCGCAAUACCUUAGCUACGAACAAGAAGCGGCACAUUUUGAAAACGAACAAACAGACUAUGCACCGAUAACAUUAAUUUUUAGACAUACCAUUCAUAUAGACAUUUUUUCGACAGGCAAGCAUAAAGUACUUACUUCUAUUGACAAAUUUUCAAAAUUAGCUGUAAUAAAAAAUAUAGACGGGAAAAGUAUCGAAAACAUAAAAAAACCAUUAAGAGACAUAAUAUUUUACUUCGUAGUACCCAAAUGCAUGGUUUUUGACAACGAAAAGACAUUUAGUUCACAGCCAAUAAAAUUCAUGCUAGAAAAUGAAUUUAACAUACAAAUUUUCACUACACCACCAUACAAAAGCGAAGUGAACGGACAAAUAGAAAGAUUCCACUCGACAUUAUCCGAAAUAAUGAGAUGCCUUAGACAAGAAUACCCAGACAAAAACUUUGAGGACCUUUUGCAAUGGUCUGUAAACGAAUACAUUCACACUAUCCACUCCGUUACAGGAAAAAAACCAGUUGACAUAUUUUUUGGCAGACCCUGUCCAUCCAAUCGCGAAAAUCGGGAAGAGACUAGAACAAAAACUCUCGAAAAACUUAAAAAAGCACAAUAACGGGACCUACAAUACCAUAAUAGAAAUAAGAAGGACACUAUAGACUACAGGCCAGGACAGAAAGUUUUCGUUAGACAAAAUAAAAGACUAGGUACCAAACUUUCCAAACGAUACAAAGAAGAAAUUGUGAAAGAAAAUAGGAACUCCACAAUAUUAACAGAAUCAGGAAAAAUAGUUUACAAGGACCGCAUACGAAACUAACUCAGAACAUUUUUAUUAUUUUUAAAUCUCUCUUUUUCCUGAACUUUAUUUUAAGCGAUGGUUCAGUUGAGGUGUUAGAUUACACUCAGUCAGAAAUCGUUAUGAUGGAGGAAGGAAUUGGCAAAAUUCAAACAGGAACCUACCGGAUUAUCCACAUGACAAACAUAACAGAAUACUCUACAAUAUUACGGGAACUGAACAGAAACUUCAUACGAAACAUUCCAGCUAACAACCCUCUUUACCCAUUUAUAACAGACGAAAUCAGUAGCAUCAACAUAACAAUUAAUAACAUUUUACCUAAAUACAAAAAUAAAAGAUCACUAGACUACGUAGGAUCAGCCUGGAAAUGGAUAGCUGGCAACCCGGACCAUGACGAUUUAGUAGCCAUCAACAGCAAAUUUAAAGAAGUAAUCGAGAAUAACAACCAACAAUUAAUAAUCAACAAAAACAUUUUAGAAAGAAUAAACAAUAUAACAGAAAUUAGCAACUCAAUAAUAAAGUCUCUAGGAAGUAGUAACGAAUUUCAGACCGCCCUAAUACUUAAAUAUAAAUCUAAAAUUGACAUAAUCAAAGAUGAGUUAGAAAAUAUUAAAAGAGCAAUUCAUUUAACUAAAGCGAACAUUAUUAACUCAGUUAUUAUUAACAAUCAAGAAGCUCAUAGAAUAAAUAAAAUUUUUAUGGAAGAGAAUCUGCAAUUUGGUUCGUUAGAAGAAUCUCUGAAUUUUGCAGACGUUCAAAUUGCUGUAAAACAAAACUUACUAAUUUAUAUGAUAAAAAUACCGAAAACCGGUAAGGAAAUUUGCAAAUCUAUUAUAAUUAAGCCUUUAAGUAAAAACGAAACUAUUUUAAAGAUAAAUUUUGAAAAAAUACUGAAAUGUAAUGAAGAAUAUUAUGGUAUAGAAAAAGAUUGUAAAAUAAUAAAUGAAAUAAAAAUUUGCAAACAAACCCAAAUUGUUAAUUUGGAAAACGAAAAUUGUACAAAAAAUUUAAUAAGGAAUAAACCAUAUAAGUGCACUGUAACAAAUACGGAACAUGUUAAAAAUAUUGUAGAAAUAAAUAAUGGAUUAAUACUUUUAAAUAGUUUCGAAGGAAAUAUUACUACAAAUAAUAAUAGUAGAAAAUUAAGAGGAUCAUAUUUGAUAAGAAUCUUUAAUGAAACUAUAAGAAUAAAUAACAUGAAUUUUACAACUUUAGAACAACAUAGCUAGAGACCACUGCCUGCUUUAAUUCAACAUUCAAACUCAAAUUCAGGGUUCGAGGAAGUUCUAUCCUUAAAACUUAUGAAAGAGCUUAAUAUAAAAAACAUUAAAAAAAUAAGUUCUUUGAAUCUUUUAGUGAAAUCCAGUCUAUUCACUCAUUUUGGGCUAUUAGCCCUAGUACUUACCAUAAUUGCAAUUUUCAGAUGCAAAAAGCGCGUAAAGCCUGAAAUAAUUAUUAGCAAACCGGAAUCAUUUCAAAUGCCAGUAAUUAAAAGGACGCAGCAUAGAAGUCUUAACGACAUCCCAUUUUUUUAAUUAAUCAAGCGGCGACGCUUGAUAUUUCGGAGGGAGGAGUUAACACAAUAUUUUAUGAACUACUACAUAAAUUCCAUUCCCACAUUAUAUGCUAGAAACAUACAAACCGUUUGCAUACUUUGGAGUCCUAUUACAACCAAAAGUGCAACUGCGCUAAACGCGCAUCCGCUAAAUUCUUAAGUGAGCGAAACACGCGCAACCAUGUCUUCUUUCCCAAAACCAAAUAGCUGCAGGUGAGCGCUACACGCGCAAACCCUUUUAGCUGACCAAGCAUCUUUGGUCACGUAGGCCGGCUCAAGCAUAGGUUAGACUAUAAACUUUAAAGUUAAGUGUAGUUAGUCUUUUUAAGUUACUAGACUCGACAGGCACAAAGUGCCUCUAAAAAACAUAAAUAAUUUUAAGAUAAUAAAAUAGGCGCAUAGUGCCGACUUAAUAAAAUUAAUUAAUAAAUAAACCUCCGUCUCGUUAAUUUAUAUAGUAUAUAUAUAUAUAUGUACAUAUAUAUAUGUGAGAUCAGUGAAAAUGAUGAUGACUGAUGUGUUUGACGUCCAAUCGCAGAAGAAAUUUAUUUCUUAUUCGUUAUAACUUAAGAACUAGUAAGAAUAUAAUAAUAAAAGGAAUGAAGGAUUAAAAACAUAUGAUAGCGUUAGGAGUUAGGUAGAGUUGUAUUUUAGGAGUGCUGCGCCGAAGAUUAAUUUAACGCCGUAAUGAUCAUUCGAGGUUGCCACAAUACUCCCCUCCUAGACACUCUGUGUAGUGGCGAUGAAAGCAGGUUUCAAACGAUGUAUUGAAACUUUAAUAACGCUGUUGUUUACUUCCACUAAAAAAUAUUUCGGAAAUCGUUGAAUAAUUUUGUAAAGUCCUUUGUAUGGAGGCGAUAGCGAUGGUCGCACUAGAUCAUCACGAAUAAAAACUUGUUGGCAGGUUUGUAACCCGGGGUGAACGAAUACUUUUUGUUUCGCGUGCCAAGCGGUGUCAACUGGUCGCAGAUCUCGCAUACAGGAUCGUAGUUGUUUGACCAUGUCAGCUUCGCUGUAUGUUGGUUUGCUAUCGAUGAAAAAUUCUGAAGGUAGCCGCAGGUUCUCGCCAUAAACUAGAUCGGUUGGUGCUGCAUCCAAGUCGCUUUUGUAUGUGGAUCGUAAGCCCAAGUGUAAAUAUGAAGUCCACUGACUAGUGUUAUGGCAUAGAAGUGCUGCUUUUAAAGUACGGUGCCAUCUUUCGGCGAGACCAUUUGCUUGGGGGUGGUAAGGCGUGGUCCGAAAAUGACGUGUACCCAAUAGCUGUAGUAAUUGUUGAAACAGGGCGCUCUCGAAUUGACGUCCUAAGUCUGAUGUGAUAGUUACAGGUACACCAAACCGUGAAAUCCAGCCGUUUAGUAGUGCUUUGGCGACAGUUGGAGCGGUUAUAUCUGGUAUAGGUAACGCUUCUGAAUCUAUCCAGGAUGGUAAGACAAUAGCGGUUUCCUUCGGAUGGUGGAAAUGGUCCGACUAAGUCGAUAUGGAUGUGCACAAAACGGCGUGUUGGUCAUUUUUGACGCUGAAACAAACUUCGGUUGUGUCGUGUAGUUUUAUUCCGCUGACACUGCAAACAGCAGCGGGCAAAAUCUCUGCUAUCCCGCUGGACACCAGGCCAAACAAAUCGCUUUGUUACCAAUCGUGUAGUCCCCUUUAUACCUGGAUGUGAAAGAUUGUGAGUAGACCGUAAAAACGUUUCUCCAAAGUUCUUGGUUACGAACGGUCGAACACGGCCAGUUGAGGUGUCGCAGCAUAAGCUUCUGGAACUAAAAGGAAGAGCGAAAUUUUGUAGAUUAAGAGAGUGUUUUAUGUUACAAUUCAAAAGAUUUCGAAGCUCCUCGUCCUUGGACUGGUCCUCAGCCAAGGUAUCGUAGUUUAAAGUUCCUGUAGAAAUUAAGUUUAUUCGUGACAGCAGGUCUGCUGUUACAUUAUCUUCGCCGCUUACAUGGCGAAUGUCGGUGGUGAUCUGAGCUAUGAAGUCGAGUUGGCGUAUUUGCCGAUUAGAAGCUCGAUCUAACUUUUGUUGAAAUGCGUAUAUCAGUGGCUUAUGGUCUGUGUAAAUAUGACAACGGCGACCUUCGACCAUGUAUUGAAAAUGUCGUAAUGCUAGGUAAGCGGCAGUCAGCUCCCUGUCGUAAGUGCUGUAUCUUUUUUCUGCACUAGUGAAUCUGCGAGAGAAAAAUCCUAAUGGUUCUAGACUACCAUCCACGAAUUGAUUUAGCACUGCGCCAGCGGCGAAAUCUGAUGCAUCUACCCAUAAAGAAUGUUCCGCGUUGUGCGAUGGGUGAGCGAGUAAUGCACAAUUGGCCAGUUGUUCCCUACAUGCAGUAAAACUGUCUGCUGCUUCCGCUGACCAAGUAAGUGGUGUAGUAUCGUUUCGCUUAUUACCACGAACCAUAUCAAAAAGACAGGCUUGUGUCUUCAGAGCGUGUGGUAUGAAACGACGGUAGAAAUUAAGCAUCGCUAAAAAACGCUUUAAAUCCUUGACGAUAACUGGUGGUUUAAAAUUAUAUAGAGCCUCAACGCGUUCUGGGAGUGGUCGAAUACCAUCUUUAGUGAUAGAAUGUCCGAAGAAUCGUAGUUCCGAAACACCAAAUUCCGAUUUACUAACGUUGAUAGUUAGGUUGUUCUCCCUGAGUAGUUGAAAAACUUGGCGAAAGUGGUUUUGAUGCUCUUCUUCUGAACUGGAUGCAAUACAUACAUCAUCAAGAUAAACAAAUACGAAGUUUAAACCACGAAAAACUUCGUUGAUAAGUCUUUGGAAUGUCUGUGCUGCAUUCCUCAAACCAAACGUCAUAUGCGUAAAUUCGUAGAGUCCGAAAGGAGUCGUUAUCGCCGUUUUACAAAUGUCUUCUUUGUUUAUUGGCACUUGGUGAAAGGGCUUUUUUAAAUCGAUUUUAGAAAAAACGCGUUUUCCUGCCAAGAUGUUAGAGAAAUCGUGCAAAAAUGGUAACGGAUAUCGAUCAGGAACUGUUACUGCAUUUAGUCCACGAUAAUCCCCGCAUGGUCUCCACGUUCCAUCAGGCUUAAGUACCAUAUGUAAUGGGCUUGCCCAGUUACUACUGGAAGGGCGACAAAUGCCCAGUUUCAUCAGCGAAUAAAAUUCAGCUUUAGCGGCGGUUAAUUUUUCGGGUGAAAGACGGCGUGGUCGUGCGAAGACGGGUUGACCGGUGGUAAUAAUUCGAUGUUCUACAGACGAUUUCUUUGGUGAAUUUAGCGGAUGAGAGCGUGUGAUAUCGCUGUACUCUGCGAGAAUAUUCGAAUAAGCAGAAUUCGCGUUAAAAGAUUUUAUACUGAGUAUGCGCGUUUUUUUCAAUUUUGCAAACCGUUUUUAAUUCGGUUUUGCGAUCGAGUAAACAUCUAUUUUUGAGAUCGACCAAAAGCUCGAAAUGAGACAGAAAGUCGGCGCCAAUAAUUGCUUGCGAAACAUCAGCGAUAACGAAAUUCCACAAAAAUUCGCGUCGUAAAUUUAGAUUAAGUUUCGAAUCGCCUCACCGAAUACAGAGAUCGACGAUCCAUUUGCGGCAAACAAUUUUAAACCGUUUGGAGAAGCUCGGGCUGUGUUGUUGCAUUUUGGUAUAACGGAAACGUCCGCACCGGUAUCUAUUAAAAAAUUUAAUUUUGCUGAUGUAUCGUAUAUGCGUAAACGGUAUGUCUUGAAGGUUUUAGACUGUUUGCCCAACUCUAAAACAGUCGCAGCCGAGCGGCCCUAUAAAGAUUUUUUCAAUAAAACAAAAUUGCACGGCUCUCGGUAUUUAGUUGCUUUCGCACCGAAUUUACUAUGGUACCAGCACAUCGGUUUGUCCGGUUUACUUAAAGACGUAUGGGAUCCACGUGACCUAGAUCGAGACCGCGAACGAAAAUUUGAUCCUUUGUUGUUGAAAAGCUUAUGCACCUGCCUAGUCAAUUCUGCUAUUUUAAGUUUCAAGCUCGAAACUUCAUUAAGUGCCAGACCCUCUUUCGCGUGGUUGUGUCGCAUCCCAAUAGUUUCGACAAUGAAGUCAGCGAUCUUUUGUUUUUCCACGAUAGCGACGUUUGUAGCAAUAAUCGCUGCUUGUACAUACGGAGGAAGUCUGCUUACCCAUAGAUCGUGUAAAAUGCUGUCAUUCAGAGUCGUCCCGGCUGCGCGUUUCAUGUCGUUAAAUAACUCGCUGGGGCGUCGGUCGCCUAGAACCAUGUCUUUAAGAACACGUUGCUGCCGCUGCUGUUGACUGUCCGAAAAAUGCUCGAUGAUCUUGUCCUGAAUGUAUUUGUAUUUAAAAUUUGUCGGCGCAGCGUCUAUGAUGCAGCGAAGCCCUAUCAACUUGUUAGGCGGUACACAUGCAAGAACGAUGUCGAAUUUCCUAUUAUCGUUGGAAAUCGAAGAAGCGUUAAACCAAAAGUCCAGCAAAUAUAAAUAAGCUUCGAUGUUGUCUUCGGUAAUUGUUGGUAGUGGUAGACGUGGAGUUGAACUUUGAAAAUCCCCAAUAUUGACGUCGGAGUACCGGUUGCCAGAAACCACAUGGCUACCGUUUAACGCCAUUCCUAUGAAAUAAAUAAGUUCAAUUUACCUACGGGGUCACCAGAUGUGGGAACAGUGAAAAUGAUGAUGACUGAUGUGUUUGACGUCCAUUCGCAGAAGAGAUUUAUUUCUUAUUCGUUAUAACUUAAGAACUAGUAAGAAUAUAAUAAUAAAAGGAAUGAAGGAUUAAAAACAUAUGAUAGCGUUAGGAGUUAGGUAGAGUUGUAUUUUAGGAGUGCUGCGCCGAAGAUUAAUUUAACGCCAUAAUGAUCAUUCGAGGUUGCCACAUAUAUAUAUAUAUACUAUAUAUAUUAAGGUGGGCCAAAAAUUAGUUUAUAUUUUAUUUUUCGUAGUUACCAUGAAAAUCUCAUUCAACAUGACUAAAAACAAGUCCUGGUAAAAUCUGAGCUCUUUAUAUUAAUAUUAAGAGGUGCCUCAUCGACAUUUUCGAUUUCCCAUAUAAAUUACAUGGAAAAAAAAUCAUUUUUUUUUGUGGUGGUUAUUGUGCGGAGAUUUUAAUGUGCACGCGAUGGCGGCCAGUAGGGAUGGUAAACUCGAUUCCGAUACUACUCGAGAAUCGAGUUUUCUCGUUAAAUAAUCGAUUUUUAAAAAUCGAUUUUCAGUAGUCGUA